UUUAAAAGCACAUAUGCUAGUCUAAAGAAAGUUAAAGAUAAUUUAAAGAAGUGAUGCACCUGUCACAAUUUAUGAUAAAGACGACGCCUUUGAGGCGCAUUACACAGCAUAUAAGCAAUCUUGAUCAGUACAAGUUUAUUGGAGCGCGCUCGUGGCAGGUGUCUUGGCGCCAUGGAAUGUAUUUGGAGUAUAAGGCCACUUUCCAUAGAGUUGGAGGAUCGAAAUCCAUGAGAUGACUGGUAACACAAUGGAAGAGCGGGACUUUGAACUUCAAUCAAGGCUGUGUAUUCUUGCUGUCCGACGUACCCAAUCCUCCCCUACCUUCAUCAAACCUAGGAAGCACUGUCCGUGGUGAGCGAGGACCAGUCCAUUUUCGAGUCGCCCUUCCCUGCCGCCACGACCAUGCACAUGAAGGGCGAGAUGACGUCACCGGGAAGCUUCAGCCAGGCCUCCGAAGAGAGCCAAGAACCCACCGAGCCGGAGUGGGCCGGCCCGGGAGCACAGAACCCUGGGAAGAGAGGAGAGCACAUCAACGGAACCAGUCGUGAGUCCCCUGUGGACUGCAGUGUGACCAAACGCUCCCGACACAUGAGCAGCAACGAAGGGGGUCAGCUGGCCUACCAGGCCUCAUACCCUGAGCCCCGCGCCAGCCCCCAGACCACCACCCCGCCCAACAGCGCCACAGAGGAGAAGAGAGUCAUAGUGCCCGCAGACCCUGAGGUGUGGACCCAGGACCAUGUGCGCCAGUGGCUGGACUGGGCCAUCAAGGAGUACAGCCUGGAGGAGGUGGACAUCAUGCACUUCCACACACUGGAGGGCAAGGCACUCUGCAAGAUGACCAAGGAGGAUAUGAUGCGCCUCACGUCCGCCUACAACACAGACAUCCUGCUCGGCCACCUCAAUUACCUCCGGCAGAGCAGCCCUACUUUCUCCUACCCCACAACUCCAACCAACAACACACAGCAACAACCCAGACUACAGGUUAAAUCAGAGAACAGUUAUGAGGAGAUAGGCAGAAGGAACAGCUGGCCUUCGAACCCCAUGCCACCUCCAGUACCCAAAGGUUCUCCCAUGGAGCACCAACACAGCAUCAGAGUCACAGAGCCUCCACCAAGAAGUGUGCAAGACCCAUACCAAGCAUUAGGUCCCAUCAGCAGUCGUCUAGCCAACCCAGAAGGGCAGGCCCUCCACUCCAAGAACCGAACAAGCAAACACAGUUCAUACAGGCUGCCUGACCCCAGCGCUCACAGGCCUGUGGGCUCUGGACAGAUCCAGCUGUGGCAGUUCCUGCUGGAGCUGCUGUCGGACAGCAACAACUCCAGCAUCAUCACCUGGGAGGGCACCAACGGCGAGUUCAAGAUGACCGACCCGGACGAGGUGGCCAAGCGUUGGGGCGAGCGCAAGAGCAAACCCAACAUGAACUACGACAAGCUGAGCCGCGCCCUGCGCUACUAUUACGACAAGAACAUCAUGACCAAGGUGCACGGCAAGCGCUACGCCUACAAGUUUGACUUCCAGGGCAUCUCACAGGCCCACCAGGGUCACGGCGGAGAGGGGGGCAUUGUUAAGUAUCAGACUGAGGUAUCUUAUGCCCAGCCCUACCACAGCCACCAGCCAAAAAUGAACUUCAUGAACACACAUGCCGCCCCUAUGCCCGUGUCCCCUGGGAACUUUUUCGGGCCGCCUACAACUUACUGGAACUCAACAACCAGCCCAAUGUAUCCGGGGUCUCCUAUGCCAAGGCACCCGGGGACUCACUCCCACCUGAGCUCAUACUAUUGAGGCCUGGGUGUCUUGCACUAGACUGGAUGGGCUGGCAGAGCUUUCUGAAACAGACAUAUCCAAGAUACCAUCCACAAUGUAUCUGGUCUUUAAUGUCUAAAUUACAUUGUAACGCUAUGCAAGUUUUUUAAUUUCUCAAUUAUGGAGGUUGAGAAUGUUCAUUUCCUGUGAUUCAGUUUUUUGAAAAACCAAGUUUUUCAAUUAUGUAAGUAUUUUGUUUAAUAUGUAAUUGAGGUCAUUGAAGGAUUUAAAGGGAAAGUCACUGAGUGUGGGAAGUGGUAAAACUGUUGACGUCUUUAUCGCAAUUACUAUAUUCAUUAAAUCUAACAUUUGUAAAAGUAUAAUUGUACAGAAUGUUUCAUACAAUUGUAGCAAUAAAACAUUUACCCCUGUAGUAAUGCUAAUAAAAGGAACUUGUAUAUUUGA